AUGAAUGCCAGCGACCCUGUCGAUGUGGCUGAGAUUGCCAAAUCUAGGGCAAUCGCACACGAUAUCGGUGUGAAUGAGAAAAUCCCUGUAGUUGAUGAGAUGACAAUCGACAAUGCCCCUCCCCUGCGAGAUGUCUCCAUCGAUGAUUCUAUGGACAAGACCGCUCCUACCGCGGACGAUCUAGUCAAUUUGCGCCGUGUUGCCGGCAAGCUGCCCAUUGCAGCAUACAGCGUUGCUUUUGUGGAACUGUGCGAGCGUUUCUCGUACUACGGUACCACUGCUGUUUUCGUCAACUUCAUUCAGAGACCUUUGCCCGAUGGAUCUUCUAGCGGUGCCCUCGUUGCAGGUCUCUCCGACUGGAGCAACGAUUCCCCCGGAGCUCUGGGUAUGGGCCAACAGGCCUCCACUGGUUUGACACUGUUUAACUCUUUCUGGUCUUACAUUAUGCCUCUCUUCGGUGCCAUGGUUGCUGAUCAAUAUUGGGGUCGUUACCGUACCAUCAUGUCCGCCAUUGCCUGCGCACUCGUUGGACACAUCAUUCUUAUCGUUUCCGCCAUUCCCCAAGUUAUUGAAAGCCCCAACGGUGCCAUUGCAUGCUUCUCUAUUGGUCUUAUUAUCAUGGGUAUUGGAACUGGUGGUUUCAAGGCCAACAUCGCCCCUCUGAUCGCAGAACAAUAUCGUGAGGACAAGCCCUAUAUCAUGACCCUUGAGUCCGGUGAGCGUGUCAUCGUGGACCCGUCUGCCACAGUUUCCCGUAUCUACCUGUACUUCUACAUGAUGGUCAACACCGGUUCUUUCAUCGGUCAGAUUGCCAUGGUCUACGCCGAGCGUUACGUUGGUUUCUGGCUCUCUUACCUUCUCCCCACCGCCAUGUUCUGUGUCUGCCCUGUGGUAUUACUCCUGUGCAAGAAGCAGUACAUCCUCACUCCUCCCAGCGGAUCAAUCUAUCCCAAGGCCUUCAAGCUGUGGAUGUUGGCAAUGAAGGGCCACUGGUCUCUGAACCCUGUGCGGUGGUUCAAGUCCUCUGACACCGAUAUUUGGGCCACCGUCAAGCCCAGCUACCUCGGAGCAAGCAAGCCCGUGUGGAUGGACUUUGAUGAUGCCUGGGUUGAUGAAGUUCGACGUGGACUGAUGGCCUGCCGAGUGUUCUUGUGGUACCCUCUUUACUGGCUCGCCUACAACCAGAUGUUGAACAACUUGACAUCUCAAGCGGCCACCAUGAAACUGGGUGGUGUCCCCAACGACAUCAUCAACAACCUCAACCCUAUUGCCCUGAUCAUCUUCAUUCCCAUCUUUGAUCAGCUUGUCUACCCCGCUAUCCGCAAGAUGGGUUUCCAUUUCACCCCCUUGAAGCGUAUUACGGCCGGUUUCAUCAUGGCCGCCCUCAGUAUGGUCGUUGCCGCCGUCACUCAACACUACAUCUACAAGAUGGGACCCUGUGGUAAAGAGGCCAACUAUUGUCUCGAGGAGUUGCACAAACACACCAACAUCUCCGUCUGGAUCCAAGCCCUGACCUACAUCAUGGGUGGUAUCUCCGAGAUCUUUGCCUCCGUGACUUCCCUGGAGUAUGCCUACACCAAGGCCCCCAAGAACAUGCGAUCUCUCGUGCAGGCUGUGUCCCUCCUGAUGAACGCCUUCUCGUCUGCCCUUGGUCAGGCUUUCAUUGGUCUGGCGGAUGAUCCUCUCUUGGUUUGGAACUACACUGUGGUAGCCAUCCUCGCCUUCCUCGGUGCUAUUGGCUUCUGGGCCACCAACUAUAAGUUGGACGCACAGGAAGACGCCAUGAACAUGUUGCCAGACAGUGAAUUCACUCCCCAGGCGCGUGUGGAUGAGGAGCGGAAGUAA